AUGCUUCACAACACUCACUGUUCUGCUGCUUCGCAAGCCUGUAUAAAGACUUCUAUCCUGCACCUCAGUCUCUCCAAACUACCAGUUUCAGAAGUUCUGAAUAAUGAAGAGAAUCCGGUCAAUGAUGAGAUGAAGGAGCAGGUGAAUGAGAAGAAUAUAGAGACUCAGUCUGAGAAUUCUCAAUAUCUGCGAAUCUCUACACCUGAGCCUGACAUCUCAUACAGAUUCUUCUUUCAUAUUCAACAUACUGCAGAAAAGAUGGCUGAGAACUCCGGCAGCUUCAACUUCAUUAAAUAUGACAUUUUCAAAUCUGUCAUCAAAUCUUUCAUUGAAUUCUUCAUUGAAUUCACUGUUAAAUCUGUCAUUGAAUCUGCUGUCAAAUCCUUCAUCAAAUUCACUGUCAAAUUCUUCAUCAAAUUCACUGUUGAACCCUUCAUCAAUUCUGUCAUUGACUUCAUCAAAUUCAUCUUCAAUUUAAAGCAGUUCAAUACCUCAAUUUGA